CCCCUCUUACCCAGAAUGCUCUGUGCCGAGCAGCAGCAUCCUCAUCCAAUGAAAGCACAGGAGAAUGGCGGAUUCCGAGUUUGGCGUGAGGUGGGGCGGGACUUCUGGUCUGGCUUUGUCGGGGGUCAUUCGGCCUGCUGUGGGGCUGGUUAGCUGGAUCAGAAACUCCAGAGCCAGGUCUGAGGCGACAGGAAACAGAGGGGUUUAGAGGAAGCAUUGUCUCCGCUGCACAGAGGUUGCUAUGGACACAGAGAUGUUUAUGUACCCUAUAAUGGGCACUGUGACCUUUAAGGAUGUGUCCGUGUACUUCUCCACGGAGGAAUGGGAUCUCCUUGAUGAAGCUCAGAAAUGCCUGUACUACAAUGUGAUGCUGGAGAACUUCGCACUUACUGCCUCUGUAGGUUUUUGGCGUGGAAUCGAAUAUGAGGAAGCAUAUUUGAAGCAGCAUUUUUCUGUAGGAGAAAUGUCACAGGUGUUGACACUCUUCAAGGCCUUGGCCACAACAUUCUCCUGGGAGGAGUGGGGACAACUGGACGUGGCCCAGCAGACCUUGUAUGGGGACGUAAUAAUGGAGACCUGUGGGUUGCUCAUGUCACAAGGGAAUCAUCUCUCUAAACCAGAACUGAUCUAUGUGCUGAAAUAUGAUCAAGAACGUUGUGUGGUGAGGAGAAAGUUCUCCUAAAGAUCCUGUCUAGGUAUACCCCUCAGAUCCACAUUGCUUCUGUCAUCACAGAUCUUUCACCUGGGAUCACUUUCUGUAACAUCCUUGAAUAGAAUUUCCUUAACUGAGAAUUUCAUUUUAUGCAGGCUAAUUUUGCAUUAAAUUUUUUGUGUUUGGUUUGAAA